CCGAGGUUGUUGCGGGACACUUUCAGAAUGAACUCGGCCCUGGUGGUGGCGGUGGCCACGUCGGCGGCUGCGUGCUCGGCGGCGUUGGUGUGGUACAACCUUCGAGCAUCUGCGACCAAACUCGCCAAGGACGACCUCAAGGCAUUGGCGAAGAUCGAGCGGGAAGGCCGCGUGCGGCUGCAGAUCGCAUUGGGUGCCGCGCAGGACCGCAUCAAGUUGCUUGAAGCGGCUUCGUCGUCGACAUCGCUGGAUACCAUCCCGCUCGUGACGUUUCCCACCAUCGGGGUCAUUUCGUCACCCUACUCGACGCGGAACGGCACGCCGCGGCAGCCAUCCUUGGUGGACUCGUCGCUGGCAAAGCUCGUGCUGCACAAGAACAUCCCGCACACGACGUUGGUGUCGCUGGCCGAGUUUUCGCACGCGUGGGUGUUGUUCCACUUCCACCAAAACACAAACGUACACAAGAACAAGAUCAAGGGCACGAUCAAACCGCCGCGACUCAACGGCCAGAGCGUGGGGGUACUGGCAACGCGUUCGCCGCAUCGACCGGCGCCGCUAGGUCUCUCCCUGGCCAAGAUCGUCGAAGUCAAUGUAGCCAAGGGGUAUGUGCUGUUCCAAGGCCUGGAUCUCGUGCAUGCGACGCCCGUGGUGGACAUAAAGCCGUACGUGGCGUUCAGCGACGCGCCGACACAUCAAUUUGCGCCGGCGUGGGUGGGCAAGGAACAUGCCGAAGCGGACGAACCCCUUAAGAUAUCCCAAGUCGUGUUUGCAUCACCCGAAGCCCAGGACUCGCUCAGGAAUGCCCACAACGUGUGCAAAUCCACGCGGCGCAGGAAGACCGCCAUCGAGUUGUACGCGGACUUUGACCAGUUUACGGCAUUCGUCAAGGAAAACCUGAGCUUGGACAUGCGCAGUACCCGCGAGCGCGCCGACCCCAAGUUUGACACAUACAGAGUCACAUUGUGCGAUGUCAUGGUGCAUUAUAAGGUCGUGAAUACCGACGGCGAUGGACCCGAGAUCCAUAUUGUCCGCGGCGAAGUGCUCACGGACGAAUGGCAGCAACCCCUUAACGAAACAACCGAAGUGCCUGACGAAGAGACGACGGAGGUCGAUGAAAACACGGAAUAAUGUUGCCAAGUACUACGUAGUACUAGGUAGUAGUAGUAUCGAUUCGAAACUGGAUGUCUUAACAGAAUUAAGAACCACCUAAGCCAAUUAAAUCAC